AUGAUCAAAUUUAUUUCCGUUAUCCUAUUUGGGUUAUUUUUUGUGGCAUCUGCAUGGAACCAAUGGAAUUAUGUGCCAUUUGAAUUUACGUAUGAACACAGACCAGAUUGGUGCGUUGAUGAAGACCCAUUAUGCUCAGUGUAUAAAGGUUGGUGCAUUAAUGCUAAUAAAACUCGAGAAAAUUAUAUGAAGAAAGCUUGUCGACGAACAUGUUAUAUGUGUUACGAUGGGAUGAAUUAUACGAAAACAUGUCAUGAUAAAGAGGACGAUUGUGCUCAACGGGAAAUUGAAUGUUUUUCUGAGGCAACUGCUGAACGUAUGUAUCAUUUAUGUCCGGAAACAUGUGGAUUUUGCAACAAUGUUUGCGCGGAUUUGGCAACAAAUUGCGCUGAACUGACCGAUUAUUGUACGUUUACCUAUUGGCAUCAGGCAGUAAUGCAAUCCAGAUGUCGUUUGACAUGUUCAUUUUGCAGAGUUUACGAUCGAGAAAAUUUUGAACCUGUAGAUUGUUCGGAUAAUUUGAGUUACUGCAAAUAUAUGAGACAUCUUUGCGAACGGAUUGAGCAUCAACAACGAAUGAGCGAAGAUUGUUCCUAUACAUGUAAUUUCUGCGAUUACAUUGAAACCGUAAAAGAUAUCCCAACAGAAUGCAAUGAUGCAGAAAUUGACUGCCACCGAAAGAGACAUUUAUGUUACGUAGAGGGACGCCACAGCUAUUAUAUGUGGCGUAACUGCAAGCGUACGUGCGGUUAUUGCCCCGAAUAUAUCCUUAACAACACAUCAACCGAUGAUACUUAUAAUUCUGACGAUUAUUAUUAUUAA